CAGUCACCACAUCAGAGUUAGAUUAGAACCUACAGACAGAGUUCUUGGUAACAAGAGCACUGUGUGCUAGGAGGGUUUAAAAUAGAUGUCAUAUGAUGCCAAUUAUAACUCCGUAAAAAUUUGCAGCCGUAGGAACCUAUGCCGAGAAGAAGCCAAAAUGGAAGAUGGUCCUGCUUUCUAUGGCUUUAAAAACAUUUUUCUUACAAUGUUUGCAACGUUUUUUUUCUUCAAGCUUUUAAUUAAAGUGCUCUUGGCUCUCCUAACCCAUUUCUAUAUCGUCAAAGGAAACAGGAAAGAGGCAGCUAGGAUAGCAGAGGAGAUCUAUGGUGGACUGUCAGACUGCUGGGCUGAUCGAUCCCCACUCCAUGAGGCCGCAGCCCAGGGACGCUUACUGGCUCUUAAAACUUUAAUUGCACAAGGCAUCAAUGUGAAUCUUGUAACAAUCAACCGGGUCUCCUCUCUCCAUGAGGCAUGCCUUGGGGGUCAUGUGGCCUGUGCUAAGGCCUUAUUGGAAAAUGGUGCACAUGUCAAUGCACUGACUGUUCAUGGGACCACUCCCCUCUUCAAUGCUUGCUGCAGUGGCAGUGCUGCGUGUGUCAAUGUGCUGUUGGAGUUUGGAGCCAAGGCCCAACUUGAGGUCUACCUGGCUUCACCUAUCCAUGAAGCAGUGAAGCGAGGUCACAGAGAGUGCAUGGAGAUUCUGCUGGCAAAUAAUGUUAACAUUGAGCAAGAGAUUCCUCACCUGGGAACGCCUCUGUAUGUGGCCUGCACAUACCAGAAAGUUGAUUGUGUGAAGAAGCUUCUAGAACUAGGAGCCAGUGUUGACCAUGGUCGGUGGCUGGAUACUCCACUGCAUGCUGCAGCGAGGCAGUCCAGUGUGGAGGUCAUCAAUCUGCUCACUGAGUAUGGGGCUAACCUGAAACUCAGAAACUCACAGGGCAAACGUGCUCUUGAGCUUGCUACUCCCAAAAGUGAUGUGGAGCAGGCUCUCCUGCUCCAUGAAGGUCCACCUGCUCUUUCUCAGCUCUGCCGCCUGUGUGUCCGAAAGUGCUUGGGCCGCUCGUGUCAUCAAGCCAUCUACGCACUAGGUCUGCCGGAACCCCUGGAAAAAUUCCUCUUAUACCAAUAGUUGGAAACAUGUAGGUUGUUGCCUGCUGUAGGGCACUUAGUAUACACAUUCAGUGGCUUGAUGCACUGUCCUAAAAAUCUCCUCACCCAAUUAGAGUAAAGCUUCCAGAAAUCCAGACACUCAUGCUGAACAAGCUCCUGGUUAGUUUUAAUCAUUGCCAAGAGGUAACCAGAAACCUUUUCGUUUUUAACUCUUGUUAAUCAAUUUAAAAUGAAACUGAAAGAGAGAGAAAAUAAUAGUCUACUUUUGGAUGACUCAGGACCCUUCAGUACCUGGGGUCAGCAUUCUGAAUACUGAUUAGACACAGGCAGAUAAGAUUAAAUUAAACUACUUGAGAAACCUUCUGGAUUCAGUCCUUCUCCAAUAUAUUUUGUUCAUUUGUUGUUUUCCUAAAACAAAUUUCUGCAGUGAUUUU